ACUUUUACAAGUACCGCCAAAAGCAAAACGAUUUUACAUUUUCAUUCCAAAAAGAAUCGCUAAAGCUUCAGAAGAGUUUGGACUCUUUAUUGAAGAGCAACGGUUGUUCGGAAGACUAGUCCCGAGAAGGGAUAAAACUCUCACAAUUACGGCAGUAUGGGAGGCUCCAGUAGUCCUGAGAAGGGAUAAAACUCACACAUUUACUGACCAUCGAUUGUGCAAUAAGGAUGUCGAUAACUUCUGGAAUGAAAUUGAAGAUGAGUGCCUGAACAGACAAUAUACCGAUGAAAAAAAACGACUGCAGUUAGAUCAGGUGAAAGUAGCACGCGUUAUGGCACAGGGAACUGAAGGCGGUGUAAGAAAUAUUAUGAAAAAUGUCAAUACGGAGUUGGAAGAACCAAUCGCACACGCCAUCCAACCAAAAAAGCUAAAAAGAAAAUAUGAUGCCGAUGAAGAAAAUUUAGGAAUAAAUGGAAGUUCAGAUAACAUCAAUAUAGAAUCAACGGAAUUGGAUCCUAAUGAUGAGAUUAAUAUUAAGGAUAAUGAAAUCUCGGAAUUUGAUCCAUUAAGUGAUUUAAGUGAUUCAGAAUCUUAUGUUAGUGAAACGGAUUCUGAAAGUGAAUUGCCUCCUGUGCAAAAAUAUCCAAAUGUGGAUAGCCCGAGAGAUGAUUGGAUCCUUCCAUCAGGGCAAUCAAUAAGAACUAUAAUAAAAGGUCCAAAUAUUCUUCACAAAUCUCAUCCGUCACGUUUGGGAAUAAUACGUAUUGGCAUCAAAGUUCGUAAGCCUGAAUGGAUAAAGGAUGAGGAUUGGCUUUAUUUAAAUUCUAGUGUCGAGUUUCCAAAUUUUAAAUUAUCAUCUAAAACAGAAGAACUAUUAACUUUACUCUUAGAGACUGGCUCUUUAACUGAAUAUAAACAAGCCAUUCGUAAAGCAAAAUUUGAUAAUGACAUUGAUGCUGAAAUGGAAUUUGUAAAGAUGUUCUUUGGUGGAUCAUCAAUGAUUCAUCCAAUGUUACAGUGCCUCAUGAAUACAACAGACCGUAUUACAUAUAAUCCUGGAGAAAUUUAUUUAGAAGCAAGUGCCAAUCAAAGAUUAAUAAGGCGCAAAUUAAAACCUGAUGAUGACAAACCUUUAGGUAUGAAGGUGGAUGGCAUAUUUCAUACUCCGGGAGAUAAAGGAAUUGAAAUUGGGAUGAUCGAGAUAUCAGGUGGUUAUUUAAAUUCGGAUACGCCCCGAUAUAUAAAAGAUCACGUUAAAGGUUAUUGGGGAUGUCGCGAUAUUCUCAAUGAUACUGUGAAAAAAUAUAAUCGUGGAGAUUAUAAAAUUUUAAGAAAUUUACGUACAUGGUUCUUUCAUGUACAUGGGCAAGAGGUACAAGUAUGGGGAAUGGAUAUACCAGUUUCGAAAAUAUAUAGAAUGUUUUUAAUUAGUACAUUUUCUUUGCCAGUUAAUUGGGAUGAGCAUUACGAAUUAGUGCAUGCAUUAAGAAUUUUAUGGAAUUUGGGGAGAGGGUUGGAUGACUCUUUCAAGUUACUCGAAGAAUUUAAAAAAUCUCACCGACGAAAUACAGCAUUGCAUUCACGAACUUCACUAUUGAAAAACUAUAUCG